AUGAUUCACUCACAACCCACCUUGAGCAUGGCCGCCCGCCUACUCUCUGUGUCCUUCGCCGUCAUCCUCGUUCUCGCCAUCAUCUUCGAAAGCCUCUCCACCAGCGACGACCCCUACCGAUGCAGAGCUGUCCUGGAAAAGGGCAGUUGGAUCCACGAGCCCGACGAGCAUGGCGACCGCAAGCCCUUUACCAACUGGCAACCCGACGGCUGCAUGAUGCGCACUUACACCAAGAAAGACAUCCAGACCUGCUUCGGAGAUCGACAUUUGGUCUUUUCCGGCGAUUCGACCACUCGACAGGUCUUUUGGGGGAUGGCCCGCCUCCUGGAACCCGAAAAGGCCCACUACGGCCGAGAGCAUGCCGAGAUUCACUCGUCAUAUGAUAUGACCUUCGCCGGCGUCCGGAUGAAGCAAAUCUGGAACCCCUACUUCGAGACCGGAGAGCGCAACGCCAACCUCACCAGAGAGCUUCAACUCUUCGCCAAGGAGAAGCACAACCCCGUCCCCAUUGAGGAGCAAAAGAGCGCUGGCCUCAUCAUGCUCGGCGCUGGCAGCUGGUAUGUGCUCUCCUACAAAGAGCCCGAUUCCCUCACCAAGUUUCAAUCCGCCUUCAACAACAUCACCGACAUCCUGCGCCUCCAGGACCUGCCCACCUUUGGCACCUCGCCCAUGGACCCCAUCGACGGCGUCGGCAAUGAACUCUUCGUAGCUCCCGUGGCCGUUCCUUUCUACGACGAGCUCCCUGCGCACCGUACCGGCCCCAAUGGCAUCCACAAGGGCGAGGUUGAGGCCAUUGACGAAUUCCUCGUCGACAUUUCCGCUAAGCGCAACUUCCCCCUUAUCAACGCUUUUCCCGAAUUGUCCCACGAUCAGCCCGAGGCCAUGGUCGACCGAUUUGAGACGGGUUUCCACGUCAUUGACUCCGUCGCCGAGAUCAAGGCCCAAAUCCUCCUCAACAUGCGCUGCAAUGCUAAGCUCGACAAGCUCCAGGGCUAUCCCUACAACAGGACCUGCUGCACCGAUUAUGGCUCUCCGACCUGGAUCCAGAUCAUCGUACUGGGCGUGGCUGUUCUCUACGUCAUCCUCUGUACUGUCUUCGACAUCAUCGACAUCUUCAACGGCUCUGAAUCUACCCGCAGCCCGAUUCUCUCCCUCAAGGUCGGCAUCUUCGCCGUAGCCCUGCUGUUCUGCUACUUUGCCGAUCGCACUCAACUCUUCGCCAAGGGUAACAAGGAGUUUGUCAUGAAUGAGUUCCUCAUCCUCUUGGCCGUUUGCUCCGUUCUCGCCCUCGUCACCAUCCGCAAGACGCAACCCCGACAGGCGCGGACCCCGGCUGCCCCCGUCACCGCCGCCCCUGUCAAGGAGGACGCCGGUAUCCUUUCGCGGGACCAGACCGAGGAGUGGAAGGGCUGGAUGCAGGCCGUGAUUCUCGUCUACCACUGGACCGGUGCCUCGACCCAUCUCGGAAUCUACAUGUUCAUUCGGUUGCUUGUUGCGUCUUACCUCUUCCAGACUGGAUAUGGUCAUACCAUUUACUUCCUGUCUAAGAACGACUACUCCUUCCGCCGUGUUGCCGCUGUCAUGCUGCGCAUGAACAUCCUCAGCUGCGCCCUCCCUUAUGUCAUGAACACCGACUACAUGUUCUACUACUUUGCCCCCCUCGUCAGCUACUGGUUCAUCAUUGUCUACUUGACAAUGGCCAUUGGCUCCAAGUACAACGAUAAUUCUACAGCAGUUCUGUGCAAGAUCACAGUCGCCCUCAUCCUCAACUUGGGCAUCACGAGGUGGACCCCCGUCACCAGCUGGGUCUUUUCCAUCCUCAAGACUGUCUUCCGCAUCGAAUGGGAUCUCCACGAGUGGGAAUUCCGCGCAAGUCUCGACGGCGUCGUUGUGUUCGUCGGCAUGCUUGCAGGUCUCGUCCAACAGCGAGUUGCGCGAGACAAGUCCUGGCUCACCAACUACAAGACGGCCAUCGUGCCCGCACUAUUCUCCAUCGCUGGCUAUUGCAAUUUCGCUUACCAUUUUGAGGCUAAGCAGGAUUACAACUGGUUUCACAGCUUCGUGUCCUUCCUGCCAAUCCUGGGCUUCAUCGCGCUGCGAAACUGCUUCACUCCCCUCCGAAACUACUACUCGACUGCAUCCGCAUGGCUGGGCCGUUGCUCUCUCGAGACUUUUGUCCUCCAGUACCACAUUUACCUGGCCGCCGACACCAAAGGUGUUCUUCUCCUGGACAUGUUCCGGGGUGGUGACGGUAGCCUGCUCGGCGACCGGUGGAGAGACCUGGUGGUUAUUGUGCCCGUUUUCAUCUGGCUCAGCCACUGCGUAGCCGAGGCCUCUGGUAUCAUUGUCAAGCUGAUUACGGACAAGCCCAAGGAGACAGAUUAUGACGAGGAGGACCAGGAGCUGAAGAUUGUUGAGCCUACCUGGGGCGGUUACAGCCUUCUUCAGGGCCAUACCCUUGACCGCGCCUCUCGAGUCGUCAAGGCCGUAGGAUCGGACCUGCGGAUCCACGUGGUAGCCAUGUUGGGUGCCAUGUGGCUACUCAACUGGUUGUACUAA